CCCCCUAAACGAUAGCCAUAUAUGUUAGCUGCAAACAGUAAAUUGCAUUUAUUUGUUUUAGUUUGCUCGCUCGUAUUGUAUUUCCCAUUAAACAGCAUGCAUAAUGAGCUAACAUGACCAUAAAACUAUGCACCGAUAAAGGGGAAAGGCUUAGCUCGGUAAUCACCGCUUUUCCUAUUAUGAAUGCUAAAAAAGAUUGUUUUUCUUGGUUACCUUGCUUGCCAGUAAUUCUCGGCUGUGCUUCCGGGUUUCUUUUUCCCACGUAAGAUGGCGCGGCACGUCUCCAUGGGAGCCAAUAGACUGACAGCGUGCCUCUACCCCCUCCCCAAACCUUUAUAUAUAUGAUCUCAAUGGGGAUCUUGUAACAACUGAAAUCCCGAUUGCUGAAUGAAUGUAACGCUGCUUCUGUUUUCUUUGCAAAUAAGGUAGGCAAAGCAGAUAUCAAGAGUCUUCAGAGGAAAACGUAAACAUGGGAAUUUUGGCUUCUGGCACUUAGUCUUAUCAUGCGAGGUUUAAUGACAUCUCCAAAUAUGUCAUUUGUACAAUAACUGGGUGUCAGUAGGCCUGCCAGCUGUUGUGCUUUAUUAUAACAGCAUUCGUGUAUAUGGCCUUUGUGGAAUAUUAUUCAACUGUGCGUGCAUCACUAAAUUUCUUCUCAAGCUGACAGUUCAUCAGUUCCUGGAAUGUGUUGAUUAUUACUUGAGGUGCCGAAUAUGGCCUUCUGAGUUUAUUUUUGUACGUGGGGAAUGUUACAAAAAUUGGAUAUAUACAUUUUUACAGAGGCAACUCUGCUUUACAUCAUCUUUACCCAGUGUACUCGUUUUUGUCUCUUAGAUGGUGGAUGUGGAUGUAGGUGUUGGGGGAGACAGCACCAAGCGAAAAAUGGAUUCCGUGGCUGAUAAUGCAGCAGAAUUUGUUCCACUGGAACUCUACGAUUCUGCAAGGGCUAAAAUAGCUGCUAAUCUACAAUGGAUUUGUGCUAAAGCCUAUGGAAUAGAUCAUAUCCCGGAAGAAUUAAAAGACCCAUUUUAUGUAGAUCAGUAUGAGCAAGAACACAUUAAACCCCCUGUCAUUAAGCUUCUAGUAUCCAGUGAACUCUACUGCCGUGUCUGCAGCUUAAUACAAAAGGGAGAUCAGGUGGCUUUACUACAGGGACAUCAGCAAGUCAUCCAAGCUUUGUCCAGGAAAGGGAUCUACGCAAUGGAAAGUGAUGAUACACCAGUAUCUGAAUCGGAUCUCAGCUGCACUACCAUUAAAAUGAGUGCGCACAUGGCAAUGAUCGAUGCGUUGAUGAUGGCAUAUACUGUGGAAAUGAUCAGCAUUGAAAAGGUUGUGUCCAGUGUUAAACGCUUCUCUACCUUCAGCGCUUCAAAAGAAUUGCCCUAUGAUCUUGAAGAUGCAAUGGUGUUCUGGAUCAACAAGGUGAACCUUAAAAUGAGAGAGAUAACUGAAAAAGAACUAAAAAUGAAGCAGCAGCUGUUGGAAAGUCCAAGUCACCAGAAGUCUCCUUCCAAAUGGUAUUGGAAGCUGGUACCUGGUGCCUUAAACAGAAGGGAGAGAUGCAAAUUUUUGGUGCGUUAUCGAAGAGACCACCCUUUAAGCAAGCAACUUCCUUACUUUCCAGUAUUAGAAGACCUUAUGAAGGAUGUUUGUGAUGGCUCUGCACUUUUGGCUGUAGUGCAUUAUUACUGUCCAGAACUAAUAAAGCUAGAUGAUAUCUGUUUAAAGGAAGUUACCUCCAUUGGAGACCAUCUUUAUAACAUCCAGCUACUGAAAGAUUUUUCAAAUGAGUAUCUUAACAAGUGUUUUUAUCUUACUCUGGAGGACAUGCUGUAUGCUCCUUUGGUGCUAAAGCCUAAUGUUAUGGUGUUUAUUGCGGAGUUGUUCUGGUGGUUUGAGAUUGUGAAGCCAGAGUUUGUGCAACCGAGAGAUAUUCAGGAAGUAAAAGAUGCAAAAUCCAUUCUUCAGCAAAAGAGUAGUCGUCCUCCCAUUCCUAUCUCCAAUGCAACCAAGAGGAGUUUUAUGGUUAGUCCUGCAACAGCAACUUCUGGAGAUCUCCAAAUGCCUAUUCAGAGCACAUCUGAUGUUUACAACAGGUAUUACCUGCACCCAGAAGAAUCUGAAUCUCUUGGAAAAGGAAGUCCAGCCUUUAGUCCUUCACACCCUCUGUUACCGCUUAGACAAAAGCAACAGAAGGCACUGCAAGGUGAGGACAGUUCAGGUCCUCGGCAUCGAUCUAAUUCUCUGACUCGUGUUGAUGGGCAGCCUAGAGGAUCAGUAAUUGCUUGGCCAGAAAAGAAACCCAGACCUCUAUCGCAGCCAACACCAUAUGCUGUUCACAGUGCAACAGAUAGUGACUUAGAUGUUGUUUCUGGGGACAGUAUUAGCUUGGCCAGGUCCAUCAGCAAGGACAGUUUGGCUUCAAACAUUGUCAAUGGAACUCCAAAACACCAAACUCAUGUUACUACACCUGUGAAACCUAAUGGAAAAGGUUUGCUUGGUAAUGUUGACAUUGACUAUGAAGAGGAGGAUGAAGAGCUUAUUGCAAUCACUAAAUCAGAUGAUGUGUUUAGCCCAGUCACAAACUGUAAUGAUCUUGAUCUGCAAAGUGUGACAUCAGGUACAGUCAGCCAAAAUACGAGUGCGAGGUCAGAAUUUAGGCAGGAGAGUUUUUACUUGGAGCCUUUAUUACCUGCAAUUUUAAAACCAGCAAAAGAAAAACACAUUAUUGUUAACAAACAAGAGGAGUGUGGAGAAGAAAAACCCAAAUUAAUUUUGGGAAGGCGACAAGGUGAUGGACAUUUGCGUUUUUCUCGAAGAAAGGGGAAUAACCAUGUAGAGCCAGAUGUAAACAGAACAUUUACCCCCAUUUCUAGUUCUGAAUUUACAACUGUUACUGAUACAUCCAUUUCCAGCUCUGUGUUGCUUCCAGUGGAAACAGAUUUGGACACUUUCCAACCACUAACAACCAGCAGCAUAGACCAUUCGUCUGUAGAGCAGUCUGGAGGAUUUUUUCUGCAUUCCACUACUGCAGAAGAUAAAGAUGUCGGCAAAAGUGUAGAACUUAUUUAUGGAAAUGGUAGUGGCAUGAAUGACUCUGACGCUACGUGGACUAUAAGACAAGAUUCUGAUUCAGAGAUUUUGGACAUUGAGGAAGCAGAACGUGAUUUAAUAGAUGAAUGUUGUCCAAUUAAUCGUAAAUAUUUUGAAGAAGAAGAAUCUGCAAAGUCACGUAAAUAUUUUGAAGAAGAAGAAUCUGCAAAGUUACAAGAAGACAUGAAAGUUAAAGAGCAUGAGGACAAGGAAGAUGCUAGUGGCCGCUCAAGUCCAUGCCUGAGUACUGUUUCUCAGGCUAGUAGUAUAUCAUUGGCGAGUGGAAGUGUGAGAAUGACUAGUUUUGCAGAAAGAAAAUUACAAAGAAUUAAUAGUCAUGAGGCUAAAUCUAGUACUAGUAGUUCUCAAAAGACCACACCAGAUGGUUCAGAAUGUUACCCACCUCCUAUGAUAACAUGGAAGCAAAAGCGGGAACAAAGCCCUAACAGACAGAACAAAGACAAUGCUCAACUUCUUGCUUCUGAACUAGUACAGCUUCACAUGCAACUGGAAGAGAAAAGGAGAGCAAUAGAGACACAAAAAAAGAAAAUGGAAGCACUGUCUGCAAGACAGCGUUUAAAACUGGGAAAAGCUGCUUUCCUUCAUGUUGUUAAAAAAGGAAAAAGUGAAAGCAUUUCACAGCCUCUUAAACCAGAAUAUCUUGAUAAAGACAGCCCCAAAACACCUAGUGGUGAUGUAAUUUACACAGCUCAUUCAGAAUACAGAACUGAAGAGGAUGAAGUCAUUCUGAAUCGACCUCAGGAAAAGAUGAAAGAAGGCAGAGAAGUAAGGAUCCAAGAAAAAAUUGUUUCUGCUGCAGAGCAAUGCCUAAGGGAACCUACAAGCAGCCCAACAAUUCAAGAACUUGAAAAAAAUAUAAAUGCUGUCACUAGUUUAGAAGAAGGAAAUGAGAUAAAUGAGUGUGAUAUUUCAAUUGAAAAGCUAAAUGAAACAAUUAGCACACUUCAGCAGGCAAUAAUGAAAAUUUCUCAACAGCAAGAGAUGCUUAUGAGUGCCCCUGCCAUGCCAUCACCUAGUAGCAAAUGUGAACAAAAAUUUAAGCCUGCGAUUCAGUUUGUGGAACCUUUAUCUCCAAAUGGUACUAGCUCAGCUCGUAAACCAUCAAGGUUUGCUCAUGGUAGGGGUUCACGGGUUGUGAGACCAUCAGAACUGAAAGUUACUAAAGACAAACAGUUAACUAGUCCUCGUAUUACUACUCCCUCACCUCUACCUUGUACAAAACCAUUUCAGGCAAAUAGGACACCAUCAGCAGAAGCAGAUAGUGUUUACUCUGAAAAUAAUGCAGAUGUUAGAAAAACUCAGGAUAUAACAUCAACAGAAGGUUUCAGACUCGUUAAUGAGAGCAAUCAACGAACAUUUAUUCUGCCCUCUUCCAAAGAUACAAAUGGUGUUGUAUCUGAGCUGCCAAGUAAUGAGCCAGUUUUCAGUUUAAAACAAUCAGAGGUGAACUAUACUGACCCCUCUGGAAAGGAAAAUAUUCCAGUGGAUGGUCCAUUGAGAAAUAAAAUAAUUGAAGUGGACAUCUCUGAGCUGAAUGCAUCAGAGGAUGAACAUGAAAUAGACAAUAGAGCCACAGAGGUGCUCAGUGAAGGAGAUCAGAAGGCCGGCUUAGGAUUUUUCUUUAAGGAUGAAGAAAAAGCAGAAGAUGAACUGGCAAAACGUCGUGCUGCUUUCCUUUUGAAACAGCAGCGCAAGGCUGAGGAGGCUCGCUUAAGGAAACAGCAGCUAGAAGCAGAGCAGGAGCAAAAAAGGGAUGAGGCAAGACGUAAAGCUGAAGAAGAAAGAAUACGGAAAGAAGAAGAAAAGGCGCGGAGAGAGCUAAUAAAGCAAGAGUAUUUGAGACGCAAGCAGCAGCAAAUGUUAGAGGAACAAGGGCUUGCUAAACCCAAACCAAAACCCAAGCCUAAACCUAAGAAACAACGGCCAGAUGUCCAUCGAGAAGAAUCUUAUUGUGAAACACCAGUCAAGUGCUCUUCUACUCCUGAUAAUUUGAGCAGUGCCCAGUCUGGUUCCAGUCUCUCUCUGGCAUCAGCAGCAACUACUGAAGCAGAAAGUGUAAAUUCCGAUGGAGCAUCUUCUCAAAGAGUGGAGUAUGUGGAUUCAUUCCAACUGGGAAGCAGAAAUCCAAGCAGAAAUACUGAACGAGACUGGGAAAAUGCAUCAACAGCAUCCUCCGUUGCAUCAGUGGCAGACGUCACAGGUCUAAAGCUAUAUAAGGAACCCAGCAGCAAAUCAAAUAAAUCAAUUAUUCACAAUGCUAUUUCACAUUGCUGCUUAGCAGGAAAGGUGAAUGAACCGCAGAAAAAAUCCAUUUUAGAAGAGCUGGAAAAAAGUGAAGCCAACCACUACAUCAUUUUGUUUCGUGAUGCUGGCUGUCAGUUUCGAGCACUUUACUCCUACAUCCCUGACACUGAAGAGAUCUGUAAACUAACAGGAACAGGGCCGAGAAACAUCACCAAAAAAAUGAUUGACAAGCUUUACAAAUACAGUUCAGACAGAAAACAGUUUAGCCUAAUUCCAGCCAAGACUUUGUCAGUUAGUGUGGACGCUCUAACAAUUCACAAUCAUCUGUGGCAAGUCAAACGACCUGCAGUGCCAAAGAAGACAACCGCACAGAAAUAACAAUUUUUUUUUUUUUAGAAAUUUCUGUUGAACAGAGUCCAGUUAAUGAGGGAAUGUUUAUCCUCCAUUCGGUACGUUAAGCAGCAAACACAUUCAGAUGGAAUCUGGAUAGAAUGUAGUAAUCCUGCAGAAGGAAACUCUACAGAUUCCCAGUGUUACUGUGUUUUAUUUUUGUUUUCUUUUCCUUUUUUCCUAAAUAAUGAUAGACCUGCUGUAAAGCUCAGUGCCCAACAUCUGUGGCUUUGACUAGAAUGGACUUUGCAUGUAUUAAGUUUGCAAACUGGUGAACUUCUUUUACUUGAAGUACUCUGUGGGUACUAAUUGUGUAGGUUUUUACUUAGCUUUUUCUUUAAUGAUGGUGUUCUUUAAAUCUAGAAAAACAGACUUGAAGUUGGGGAACGUGUAAUGAUUUGGGGUCUCUUAUCUCUUUUGUGAAGUAGUAGAAGAGAUUUCAGUUCAGCUGUUCACGAGACUAGCUGCCUAUUUUUCUCUGGGCUCUGUAAUAUGUCGACAGAGGGUAAAGUUGCUGACAACCAUAUUUCUGAAAUUGUGCUAUAGUCCCCCCAAAAAUGCUGCUCAGAACAAUUUUGAUUCUCACUGUCUGUGGUGGAACACUGAGAAGUUGUAAUUUUCUUUGCCCAUGUUAGUGUACAACUUUAAAAGUGUAAAAAAAAAAAAAAGAAGUGUUGUUAUUGGCAUACAGUCACUUUGUAUGUAUAAAACACUAAUGAAUAUGAAGGUAUAGUCACUGAAAAGAUAACUAUUUAAACUAAGUACAGCUUUAAUUGUUUCAUUUUUCAGGCAGUUUGUUUUGAAGUAUAGUAUUCAAAUCUGCAGAUUGUGUUAGCAGUGAGUUUCCACUCCAAGCAUGGUAUUUCUGUAUAAAGAUGCACUUACGGAUCACAGUCCUUUUAAUGUUUUUAUUAUGUCAUGAAGUAUAUUUCUGCUGUCUCCAUGUGUCUGUCUUGUUUUCGUUUUACUUUCUGUCUUGUCCUUUAUUUUCACUGGUAUUAUGCUCUGAAUUGCCAGGCAUGUGUACUGUUACGUGGAUUUUCUGUUGUUUUUUUUUUUGUUUGUUUUUUAGAGCAACAUAAUAUAUUUUCCAUUGUUUAUUGUGUGGAUUGUUUAUUUUUGCAUUAUUUUGUGAUUUCAGAAAUCAGCUUUUUAUUUGAGGCAUUUGCAGAAUGUGAAAUGUAAGGUCUGGUGAUUCUGUGGCCUUGUUUAAAAAAAAUGUUAUUCAGAAUUAUUGAUUUUUUUUUUUUUUUUUUUGGUCCUGGUGGCCUGUUUUCAGUUAGUUUUGAUGCAGAUUAAAUCUGUUCCCUUUUUUGAAUAUAUGUGAUUAUUUUGAUGACUCUUUUAUUAUUACCUAGCUCCAUCUUGUAUCUGUGACACAUAAGUCUUCUAUACUACUGAGAUAUAGAGAAGUACAUUAAAUCUCUACAUGGAAGUUAUAUUUCAGGCUUUAUUCAAUACAUGGGUUGUUAGAGAUCCGUGCUUGCAUUUCAGCACUAAUUUUUAAGUCAGGUUAUGAAUUUCCAUCCAUACAUGUACCCUUUAUAGAAAUGUAAUAUAUUCCUGGACUGGAGGGGAAAUGCAUUAUCAGAAAAGCAAGACAUGAAAUCUAAAAAUGGUGAUACUAGACACUAAGACAGGUAGGGCUUCACUGAAGUUGAGAUGUUUACACAAGAGUUGCACACUGAUGCACUGAAUGUUAACCUUUUCGUAUAAUAAAUUAAAACUAGAACAAGCUAAAGGUCUUCUUUUGCAGUCUUCUUAAGUAUUGUUCAAUAAAUUUUAAACUAGAUAAUAAGUUGCUGCAUUUUGUAUAUAAGGUCUUCAACUCCGUUACUUGUAAAUAACUGAAGACUACAGAAGUUAAAAAAAAUUGUGCAAAUUUUAAUAAUUUUCUUUUAUCAUGGUUUUCAUGCUUUUUUUCCACUUCCUUUCAUAGUAUGUCCAACAUAAUAUUUAUUUAUUUUAAAAAGCAUUGGUAUAUAAUAAAAUAUCAUUUUGUGGGUUUAA